GGGGCUUAUCUCAGGGGCUCCCAGCACAGUCAGGCUGACCAGCUCUGUCUCUGCAGGUUCUGGCCUGGUUCGAGGAGGGUGAGGAGACCACGACCGCCUUUGUGGAACCCCUAGUCAUCAUGCUAAUCCUCGUGGCCAAUGCGAUUGUGGGAGUGUGGCAGGAACGCAAUGCCGAGAGUGCUAUUGAGGCCUUGAAGGAGUAUGAGCCCGAGAUGGGUAAGGUGAUCCGCUCUGACCGCAAGGGCGUGCAGAGGAUCCGAGCCCGGGACAUCGUCCCUGGGGACAUUGUGGAAGUGGCAGUGGGAGACAAGGUGCCUGCUGACCUCCGCCUCAUUGAGAUCAAGUCCACCACACUUCGAGUGGACCAGUCCAUCCUGACAGGGGAAUCUGUGUCCGUGACCAAGCAUACAGACGCCAUUCCAGACCCCCGAGCCGUGAACCAGGACAAGAAGAACAUGCUGUUCUCUGGCACCAAUAUUGCAUCAGGCAAAGCGCUGGGCGUGGCUGUGGCUACAGGCCUGCACACAGAGCUGGGCAAGAUUCGGAGCCAGAUGGCGGCUGUGGAGCCUGAGCGGACACCACUGCAGCGCAAGUUGGAUGAAUUUGGGAGGCAGCUGUCUCAUGCUAUCUCUGUGAUCUGUGUGGCUGUGUGGGUCAUCAACAUCGGCCACUUUGCUGACCCAGCCCACGGUGGAUCCUGGCUCCGUGGUGCAGUCUACUACUUCAAGAUUGCCGUGGCCCUGGCCGUGGCUGCUAUCCCCGAGGGCCUGCCAGCAGUCAUCACUACAUGUCUGGCCCUGGGCACAAGGCGUAUGGCACGUAAGAAUGCCAUUGUGCGGAGCCUGCCCUCUGUGGAGACCCUGGGCUGCACCUCAGUCAUCUGCUCUGACAAGACAGGGACACUCACCACCAAUCAGAUGUCUGUCUGCAGGAUGUUCGUGGUAGCUGAAGCAGAGGCAGGCACCUGUCGUUUGCACGAAUUCACCAUCUCGGGUACCACGUAUACCCCAGAGGGCGAAGUGCGACAAGGGGAGCAGCCUGUGCGCUGUGGGCAGUUUGAUGGACUUGUGGAGCUAGCGACCAUCUGCGCCCUCUGCAAUGAUUCUGCACUGGACUACAGUGAGGCCAAGGGCAUGUAUGAGAAGGUGGGAGAGGCCACAGAGACAGCCCUGACUUGCCUAGUAGAGAAGAUGAAUGUAUUUGACACGGACCUGAAAUCACUGUCCCCGGUGGAGCGUGCUGGCGCCUGCAACUCGGUCAUUAAGCAACUCAUGCGGAAGGAGUUCACUCUUGAGUUCUCGAGGGACCGGAAGUCCAUGUCUGUGUACUGCACACCUACCCGUCCUGACCCCAAGGCCCAGGGCAGCAAGAUGUUUGUGAAGGGAGCUCCUGAGAGCGUAAUUGAGCGCUGUAGCUCAGUCCGAGUGGGGAGCCGAACAGCACCCCUGAACGCCACCUCCAGAGAGCACAUCCUGGCCAAGAUCCGGGACUGGGGCUCAGGCUCUGACACCCUGCGCUGCUUAGCGCUGGCCACCAGGGACAGGCCCCCGAGGAAGGAGGACAUGAGACUAGAUGACUGCAGCCAGUUUGUACAGUACGAGAAAGACCUGACCUUCGUGGGCUGCGUGGGCAUGUUAGACCCGCCGAGACCAGAGGUGGCUGCUUGUAUCAAGCGCUGCUCCCAGGCGGGCAUCCGGGUGGUCAUGAUCACAGGAGACAACAAAGGCACAGCUGUGGCCAUCUGCCGCCGGCUUGGCAUCUUUGGGGACACAGAGGAUGUGCUGGGCAAGGCCUACACAGGCCGCGAAUUUGAUGACCUCAGCCCGGAGCAGCAGCGCCUCGCUUGCCGCACGGCCCGCUGCUUUGCCCGUGUGGAGCCCGCACAUAAGUCUCGCAUCGUGGAGAACCUGCAGUCCUUUAAUGAGAUCACGGCCAUGACUGGCGAUGGGGUAAACGACGCACCAGCCCUGAAGAAGGCAGAGAUCGGCAUUGCCAUGGGCUCAGGCACUGCUGUGGCCAAGUCGGCGGCGGAGAUGGUACUGUCCGAUGACAACUUUGCCUCUAUUGUGGCCGCAGUGGAGGAGGGGCGGGCCAUCUACAGCAACAUGAAGCAAUUUAUCCGCUACCUCAUCUCCUCCAAUGUCGGCGAGGUCGUCUGCAUCUUCCUCACGGCAAUUCUGGGCCUACCCGAAGCCCUGAUCCCUGUGCAGCUGCUUUGGGUGAACCUGGUGACAGAUGGCCUACCUGCCACAGCACUUGGCUUCAACCCACCAGAUCUGGACAUCAUGGAGAAGCUGCCCCGAAACCCACGUGAGGCGCUCAUCAGCGGCUGGCUUUUUUUCCGAUAUUUGGCUAUUGGAGUGUAUGUAGGCCUGGCUACAGUGGCUGCCGCCACCUGGUGGUUCCUGUAUGACAUCGAGGGACCUCAAGUCACCUUUUAUCAACUGAGGAACUUCCUGAAGUGCUCUGAGGAGAACCCGCUCUUUGCUGGCAUCGACUGCGAGGUGUUCGAGUCCCGCUUCCCCACAACCAUGGCCUUAUCGGUGCUUGUGACCAUUGAAAUGUGCAACGCCCUCAACAGUGUGUCAGAGAACCAGUCACUGCUGCGUAUGCCACCCUGGCUGAACCCUUGGCUGCUGGGGGCUGUGGCCAUGUCCAUGGCUCUACAUUUUCUCAUCCUUCUGGUGCCACCCCUGCCUCUUAUUUUCCAGGUGACCCCACUGAGUGGUCGGCAGUGGGGGGUGGUGCUCCAGAUGUCUCUGCCCGUCAUCCUGCUCGAUGAGGCCCUCAAAUAUCUGUCUAGGAAUCACAUGGAUGAAAAAAACGACCUGAAGUAAACCUUGGGAACAGAGAGGAGUCCCCAGUGUGGCCCUCGGACUGAUAGUGUCCAAGCAUUCGUCCCCAUUCCCACCCCUGCCACCACACUCAGCCACCUGUCUACUGGACCCUGCUGGACAUAACAGGCCUGAAAUGAGAAUGGCCACCUCUAGGCCCGAUUCCAAGCUCCUGUCUCCAUUCCUCUCCUUCCCUGCUGCUCUGGCCCAGGAGGGGCAGCUAAGAAGCCAGAGCUGGCUGCAGGGCCACCCCACAUCCC